AUAAUUACAAUGCUUAGCAGAUGCUAAUAAUCCAACCUUAACAGAAUUUUAUAUAAAAGCACAAUUCUACUUGAUUUAUGCUUCUACUUUUCCCCUCUUUCUCUGUCAUUCAACGCAAGUUUUAUGCUUACUACUUCACGAAUUUUGUCCUCUUUCAAAUAUUUUUCUUGUUUCUUUUUACCUAUUUAUAGAUACCCAAAAGGUUAAUAUUUGCUAAAAAGGUGGUGUAGUUGCUAAAACCAAGUUCCUUUUUCCCUCUGAAAAUCAAGAAAAUUGUUGUUUCUCUUCAAGAUUUUGCUUAUUUUUACAGCUUGGUGCACCUCGACUAAAUCCUCGUACCUGCCACCUCCCACUAACGUUUUCCGGCAAAGCUAGGACAUAUGGGAAGAAUUACGUAGUGUUUUGUUUAAAAGGUUCUUUGUGCCAUUUGUUAUGAUCGCUCCGUACUGAAAGGUGGUUGCUAAUAAACUUACUUGGGGUGCAGUAAAGUUUCUUUGACUAGUUUGGUUGUACUUAUCAAUUCAGAUUCUGUAUUUAACAUGAGGAGCUUUGGACGCGGCUCCAACUCCUUAAAAUCAGCUGAUACCAUGAGGCUUAUUCUCUGCAUAUGUUGCGGAUUCAUUUUAGGCUUAUUCAUUGGAAUUUCAUUUCCUAGUAGCUCAUUAACCAAGCUGAAUAUAACAUCCAGUAUUGUGAGUAACUUCCCAAUAGCUAGAGACAGAAAUAAUGUUGUUUCAGACGAAAAGCAUACAGAUUCUUCGAUCAAAAUUCGGAAUGCUACAGAUGAAAUGAAGAUUUGGGUCCCAUCAAAUCCAAAAGGGGCAGAAAGAUUACCUCCAGGGAUCGUUGCUUCUGAAUCCGACUACUAUCUCCGGAGAUUGUGGGGAAAACCCAGUGAGGAUCUACCCAGCAAACCAAAAUAUCUGGUAACAUUUACUGUUGGUGUUAAGCAGAAGCGUAACAUUGAUGCUGCUGUAAAGAAGUUCUCAGACGACUUCACAAUUCUUCUUUUCCACUAUGACAGUAAGACCACUGAAUGGGAUGAAUUUGAGUGGUCAAAACGAGCCAUCCAUGUGAGUGCUCGGAAACAAACAAAAUGGUGGUAUGCGAAAAGGUUUCUGCAUCCAGACGUUGUUGCCCCAUAUGACUAUAUUUUUAUCUGGGAUGAAGACCUUGGAGUUGAGCAUUUUGAUGCCAAGGAGUACAUUAAACUUGUCAAGAAGCAUGGUUUGGAAAUUUCUCAGCCAGGUUUGGAUCCCAAGAGAGGAACAACAUGGCAAAUGACAAAAAGAAGGGGUGAUCGGGAAGUUCACACGGUAACAGAAGAGAAACCAGGCUGGUGCCCAGACCCCCAUUUGCCUCCAUGUGCAGCAUUUAUAGAGAUCAUGGCUCCCGUCUUUUCGCGAGAUGCAUGGCGUUGUGUGUGGUAUAUGAUUCAGAAUGACUUGGUCCACGGUUGGGGACUUGACUUUGCACUUCGUAAAUGUGUUGUGCCUGCUCAUAAGAAAAUUGGAGUCGUAGAUGCUCAAUGGAUUGUUCAUCAAAGUCUCCCUUCCCUUGGAAAUGAGGGGGAAGCAAAAGAUGGAAAGGCUCCUUGGCAAGGGGUGAGGGAUAGAUGUAGAAAGGAAUGGACAAUGUUUCAAUCUAGGGUAGCAAAUGCAGAGAAAGCCUAUUACAAGUCUAAAGGAGUUGAUUCUUCCAAUUUGACAUCUCUUUAUAAGUCAACAUGAUCAAGUUGAUAGUAUACAGUCUCAGCAACUUUGCCUAGGAUGAUAGGUAGCUCCAUCUUGUAAAAUUGAUAGCCAAGUUGUUAAGAUACAUUAAAUUUUUGAAGGAAGAAUAUUAUAGAGCUUCUUCUACAGUA